CCCUCUAUUCACAUCCACGUUCCCAUUGGGACUCUUUGAUCAGAGUCUGCUCCUGAUCCCAACAUCCCAGCGGCCCAAUCUCAAAAAGAAAAAAAAAGAAGUCAACGGCAGCACGGCGACUCAACAGUGGCUUCCAUCGAUUCAAGCUCAAGCUAGCGACGGUCCCUCAGAUCCGGCGAAGAGCGGCCGCGCCGUACCCCACCGCCGGGGACACCGGUCAGUACAGUACGUUCUCCUCCCUCCAGGCUGGCUCUUUCGCUCGCCGCCGUUCUUUAUCUCAAGAUCAAGGUCGUCGCGUCGCCCACAUUCUAUUCUUUGUGUUCUAGAGCACACAAAUAGUACUAUACACAGCAAUCUUUUACAUGGAGGUCGUGACGGGGGUGCUGACGGGGCUUGUCUUCAAGCUUGGUAAACUGCUGGUGGGCGAGUACAAUCUGCAGAAGGGAGUGAAGGGGGAGAUCAUGUUCCUCCAACCUGAGCUCCAGAGCAUGCAGGGCGCCCUCAAGGAGAUAUCCAAAGCUCCGUCAGACGAGCUUGACCACCAGGACAGGAUCUGGGCCAGCGAAGUGCGAGAGCUGUCCUACGACAUAGAGGACAGCAUCGACAUGUUCGUGGUGCGCUGCGAGGGCGGUCAGCAGCUCCUCGCAGCACCGGAUGGCAUGAGAGGGUUCAUCGAUAGGAGCCUUGAUCUGCUGACAAGGUUCCGUGUUCGCCGUCAGGUUGCCAUGGACAUCAGAGACAUCAAGAGGCGUGUCAUAGAGGCGCGCGAGAGGCGCGAGGCGUACAAGAUCGACGGUGUUGGUGGAGCUCGGCCUGAUGUUGUUGAUCCUCGGUUGUUGGCUCAUUACACAGCGGUGACAGAGCUCGUUGGCAUCGAUGACGCUAGAGAUGAGCUAAUCAAGGUUCUGACGGAUGAUGGGAGCCAAGAAGCUUCCAAACAGCAUGGCAGGGUAGUUUCCAUUGUUGGGUGUGGAGGCCUGGGAAAGACCACUCUGGCUAAUGUUGUGUACCAGAAGAUCAGAACGCAAUUUGAUUGCUGGGCUUUUGUUUCAGUGUCUCAAACUCCUGACAUGAGGAGAUUAUUCGAGGGUAUACUCUCUGAACUUGGCAAGGACAUCAACGAAGAAACACGGGAUGUGAGGCACUUCAUUGAUGCAAUCGGAAAAUUCCUUCAGACAAAGAGGUACUGCAUUGUUAUUGAUGACAUAUGGGAUAUCUCAGUUUGGAAAAUGAUUAGGUGUGCUUUGCCUGAUAAUAUGGGUGGAUAUGUAAUUAUCACAACUACCCGUAAUUUCAAGGUAGCUGAAGAAAUUGGUGGCGCUUACAGCAUGAAAGCCCUCUGUCAUGAAAGCUCCAGAAAAUUAUUUUAUACAAGAAUAUUUGGCAAUGAAGAAAAAUACAAAUGUCCUGAUGAGCACCUAACAGAAGUAUCUCACAGAAUAUUGAAUAAAUGUGCCGGUGUGCCAUUAGCUAUCAUUACGAUAGCUAGUUUGUUGGCUAAUAAAGCAAGAGACAAAAUGGAGUGGCUCGAGGUGUACAACUCUAUUGGUACCGGACUCGAGGAUAGUACAGAUGUUGAGAAUAUGAGAAAGAUUUUGGCAUAUAGCUACUAUGAUCUGAAAUACCAUCUGCGGGUUUGCUUACUAUAUUUAAGUAUGUUUCCAGAAGAUUACCCAAUUACAAAAAAUCAUUUGAUAUGGAUGUGGAUAGCUGAAGGUUUUGUACAAUGUGAACAAGGGAAGAGCUUAUUUGAACUUGGAGAGUGUUACUUCAAUGAGCUCAUAAACACAAGUAUGAUCCAGCCUGUGUACGACAGGCAUGAGGCCAUGAUUGAACAUUGCCGUGUACACGAUAUGGUUCUUGAAGUUAUCCGUUCCUUGUCAAAUGAAGACAAUUUUGUUACCAUAUUGAACAAUGAGCACAGCACAUCAUCUCAAUCGAAAAUGUUUCGAAGGUUGUCCCUUCAGAACAGUGUUGUACACCUGGCUAGUCCAUUCCCUAGUACGAGCAUGCUACAAGUGAGGUCAGUUAUUACCUUUUCAUCUGCUCUUGAUCAAAUGCCGGCCCUUGCAAGCUUCAGGGUUUUGCGUGUACUAAAUUUAAAAGGUAGUUAUCUCCCACAAGGUUGCGAUCUUAAGCAUCUUGGAAAUCUAUUUCACUUGAGGUAUUUGGGACUUGGACGGACUUAUACUAAUGAGCUACCUGAAGAAAUAGGAAACCUGCGUUAUCUACAAACAUUGGACGUAGUGGGAAGCUACAUUGGUAGCCUGCCAUCAACUGUUGUUCAGCUAAGACAUUUGAUGUGUCUUUGUGUCGACCAAAAUACAAGAGUGCCAAACGGGAUUGGGAGACUAACAGCCCUCGAAGAGCUCUCAACGUUAUACACCUGCGACGAAUCCACGGAUAUCCCAGAAGAGCUGUGCCAUCUAACAGAACUGCGGGUGCUAGAACUUUUCUUCUGGAACAACACCUUGGAGAAAUCUUUGGUGGCGUGCCUAUGCAAGUUGAGAAAAAUCCAGAGUCUAGUUAUCUGGGCCUCUGGUGGUGAAUACAAUUUCGAUGCAUGGGUUGCUCCUCGACAUGUCCAGAGAUUGCAGCUACAAUCCUGCUGGUUCUCAAGGCUGCCAGAUUGGAUGAAUCCUUCACCUCUGGGCCUCUCCUUUCUGUGGAUCAACGUGAGGGAGCUGCGCCAGGAGGACCUAGAAACUCUUGGGAGGUUACCAGCACUCCGUCAUCUGUAUCUGAAGCUGGACCAUGAGAAACUCAAAAUCCCUCGGAGAUUCAUCGUUGGUGCUUGUUCGUUCCCAUGCCUGGUGGAAUGCAGGCUGUUGGGAUUUAUGGGGGCCGUGUUCUUCCAUCAAGGAGCUAUGAUAAAGCUCAGGAACCUUUCCCUGACGUUGUAUGCAAGGGAUGUGAGAGAAAUUAUGGCGAGCAGCGAUGGUAGUUGUUGUUUCGACUUGGGCCUAGGGAACCUGCUGUCACUUCAGGAGUUCAGGGUGUCAUUAUUUACUUCCGAUCUGGAGGCGCCAACGAGAUGGAAGUGGAGAAGGCCAAGGCUGCAGUGAGCCAUGUGCUUGAGAUUCAUCCCAAUCAUCUCGAAUAUCACAUAUGGGGUUGAAGGUUAGCUUAACUAGGAGGAUUCUCCGCGCGUUGCUGCGGGUACGAAGGGAGAAUAUAAAUAUAGCCUUAUUGUAGUCUAUUAAGUCAUCUAUAUAGUUUUAGUAGUCAGUUUCAAAAGAGAAAGAGAGAAGAUCACGUGAGAGAAUAAUUGCUAGCAGUAUGCAUGCAUGGUCAUGUGUAGGUAGUUGCAUCUACUACUGAAACUAUUUAUGAGUGGACACUUAAUUGCAUACAACAGCAGAAGAAGUGGAUGAUGAUGUGGUGCAAGGAGGUGCAAGAGAAUUAGCUUAGUGGAGUUUAUCUUUAUAGGAUAUAUAGAUAGAUAACCCUGGUCGUUGUUGUUUUUUCUCCAUUCUGUUGCUUUUUCCUUUCAUGCAACCAUAACCUUCCUCUGUUUCUUUCUCAGAUUCAUAUUGACGAGCUGGGAAAAAGAUUCAAUAUGAACGGCAUCCAAACCAGAGGAAGCAAAAGAAAUUCAUACGUUUUCCCACUCCUAAUACGCUGCAAGUAGUGGAAUAUGUGAUUUCUGCGCUGCGGCAUGCCACUGAAAUGCAUCCCAAUCAUCCCAUCCUUGACCCUUCAAAAUCCGAUGAAGCCAAUACACAGCUGAAACCAAUCCAAACCGGCCAGCCCUUGCAACUAACGGCAGCAAAAGAACCUCAGUUUGUCUCCUUUCUCUGUAUUCUAAUCUUUUUCCCCUGUUUUCCUCAAGAAAAGAACCUCAGUUUCUGUCGCAGGUUCAGAAUAGUGAUGGCCAAUGGAAACAAGUAAACAACAGGCCGACUCCACCCCUGAGAUUCUGCAUAAACGGAUGAUCCUAACUGUACAUCAACCCCGCACCCCAGCAAUGAUGUUAUUAUUUACUCAUUGCCCAUGCAAAUGUCACAGAUCAGGAUAUACGAGGAGACAAAAAAUGUGCAGUUGUGAUUGUAAUUCUGGGAUUCUUUUUCUUUCAGACUGUAGAACUAAAAAAGGAUUGGUGAUCAAGGUUUUUUUAACUUGUGAAUGGUGACAUCUCACCUGUACCACCUAGUUUUGGAAAGCCCUCUUCUUUAAGAGAUGGUUAUUGUUGUGAAUGACUGCGAAUAAACGACGAAGAACACAAGAUCAAAUCACAAC